GAAAAGCAAUGAACGCCCCACAAUUGAUUGUGGCGCGAUUUACAGAGCUCGUUGAAAGUGGGAAACCUGAGCUUGCCAUCAACUAUUUGAGUCCUGAUAUCAUUUAUAACUCUUGGAUGGGUGUGGUUGAGGGGAGGGACAAUGUAGUUAAUUUUUUGCGGGACAACGUUCGUUUUUCACAUCACUCUAGAAGCUACGAACGCUGGAGGGUUGUACAACACUCCCUGGAACCCCACCUCUGGGAGGCUGGAUCUAGUCCAAGGCCUAUUUUCGACGAUACCGGCUAUGAUCCUGAUGGGUUCGCGACUUUUGAGCGCAACGGUACGAUCUCCACUCGGCCGAGGUUUGUCUUUGAGCGUGUCCGCGUGAAAGAGACAAUCGUUGUUCAGAAUGGUCUGAUUAUUUUGGUUAAUGUGUCGAAGCGAUUGUAGCAUGCUCGUCUUCUCAAAUCAGGCUAAGAAGUCCUAGGAUGCAAGACUAUUGCACGAAAAAAAA